AUGGAAAUAGAAACUUUAACUAGACUAGAAGACGACGGUGUCACUGAAUAUCAAGUUGAAGAAUGGUUGCCAGUCCAACAUAUUAAAGAAAUAGAAUUAAGUGCAUCAAAUAACAAACCAAUUGAAAAAAACCAAUUACCAGGAUAUACCAAAUCUAUUAAUUUAAUCACGCAUACCCAACCCGAAAACAUUCCAUCAUCUGUUAGAAAUUUAAAAAUUAGAGAAUUUGAUGAAGAUCUCACCCAAGAAAAGAUACCCAGCAAUAUAUCCUCUUUACAUUUAGGUGAAUAUUAUGACAAACCAAUUACUGCCUCAAUGAUACCACCUAACAUUACACACUUGAACCUAGGAUGGCGUUUCUCUGCUGAUCUAUCUGAAGAAAUGCUACCAGCAACAGUUAAAUCUCUAGUUUUAGGUGAAACCUUUAAUACCCCAUUCAAGAAAAAUAGCAUUCCCAAUUCAUUAAAAAUAUUAGAGGUAGGUGCAAACUUUUCCGAGUUUCAAUCACUAAUUCAUUUACCAGAAUCAAUUGAAACAUUUAUAUUUGGUGAUAAUUUUAAUAGAAGUUUAGAAAGCAAUUUUAAAUUACCCAAAACUAUAAAAACUUUAAUCUUUGGUAAACAAUUUAAUCACCCAAUUCCAAACGGUAUAUUAGAAAAUGAAGAUGGUCUAGAAACUUUAAAACUUGGCAGUUCUUUUGCACAACCUUUGACAAUAGACAACGUACCAUCAAGUGUAAAACAUUUAGAAGCCCCCAAUAGAGCCCAGCAAUAUGUCUCUGAAGAAAUUUUCAACAAAUAUUAUUCAUUAAAAGCAUGUUUGGAUAACAAAGAUCCAUCAAAAAAAGGUCAUUUAGAAAUAGGGGAUGCUCAUAAAAAAUAUCUUUUUGACAAAGGCUUAAAACUUGUAAUCCCACCAUCUAUCAACAGUCUUACACUACACAAUGAUGCAUUUUUAAAGAAACAUAAUAUUCCAAGAUCAAUUAAAUAUUUAACUUUUGGUUCAGAUUUUAUAAAUACAGAUAAUUUAACUCAGGAAAUUGAUGGCGCAAAUAUUCAAGAACCUCAAGCAGCCGCCAAUGCAAUUUCAAAUUUUGAUAAAAGAUUUUUCAUUAGAGCCAGAGAUAUCCCAAAAACCACCACCCACAUUUCUAUUAACUCCCCCCAUAUAGUUUUAGAUUUUAUACCAUCCCAUAUCACCCAUUUCAAAACUUCAAAAAAUUAUUUCCAACAAAUCAAUAUUUUAAAAAAUAAUAAUAAUUUAAAAUCUUUAAAAAUUAAAUUAUUAAAUUUAAAUUAUAUAAUUCAUGAUGAAUUAAGACCAUUACAAAAAUAA